AUGGAAGCAACCGUGCAGGUGCAUGGAAGCGCGGAAGGCAUUGCGAUUCUUGGACAGGGUUGGAGGAAUGAGACCCAGUUGGCGAAUUUGGGUGUUGGCUCAUCCGCCGGGAGUUGCAACGAGCGUGCACACAAUACAAUCCUACGUGAAGCCUUGACAUUCCUCUCGCUUCAAAUACAGCUAUACAUCCGUGGCCAAUUAUUUCGCAUCACUACGUUUGAAUCGAUUGCGUGCGAGAUGGCGGAUUCAACUGGAGAAGACAAGCCAACCCACCUGCCAACGACUAUUUCUAUCGGUAAGGGUGAGGAAGGAAAUGAAGGUAUCUGUGGGACCUGUAAGGGUAGCACAAAUAUAGAAAAUAAGGGCGCUAAUGUCGGCAACAUGGGCUCACAAGUAGCUGGUGCAGGCGGCAUACCCGCGUCACAAGCAGCGGGUGCAAGCGGCAUACUCGCGCCACCAUCAGCUGGUGCAGGCGGCACACUCGCGUCACUAGCAGCGGGUAUAAGAGACAUACUCGCGUCACAAGAAGCGGGUAUAAGAGACAUACUCGCGUCACAAGAAGCGGGUAUAAGAGACAUAUUCGCGUCACUAGCAGCGGCAACAAGCGGCAUACUCGCGUCACAAGCAGCGGCAACAAGCGGCUCACUCGCGCCACCAUCAGCUGGUGCAGGCGGCAUACCCGCGUCACAAGCAGCGGGUGCAAGCGGCACACUCGCGCCACAAGCAGCGUAUGAAGGCCGCGUAUUCCCGUCACAAGAAGCGGCUAUAAGAGACAUACUCGCGUCAAAAGGAGCGGCAACAAGCGGCACACUCGCGCCACAAGCAGCGUAUGAAGGCCACCGAUUCUCGUCACAAGAAGCGGGUAUAAGAGACAUACUCGCGUCACAAGCAGCGGCAACAAGCGGCAUACUCGCGUCACAAGCAACGGGUGCAAGCGGCAUACUCGCGCCACCAUCAGCUGGUGCAGGCGGCAUACUCGCGUCACAAGCAGCGGGUGCAAGCGGCAUACUCGCGCCACCAUCAGCUGGUGCAGGCGGCAUACCCGCGUCACAAGCAACGGGUGCAAGCGGCAUACUCGCGCCACCAUCAGCUGGUGCAGGCGGCAUACACGCGUCACAAGAAGCGGGUAUAAGAGACAUACUCGCGUCACUAGCAGCGGGUAUAAGAGACAUACUCGCGUCACAAGAAGAGGUUAUAAGCGACAUACUCGCGUCACAAGAAGCGGGUAUAAGAGACAUACUCGCGUCACAAGCAAUGACUAUAGGCACCUUACUCGCGACACAAGCAAUGACUAUAGGCACCUUACUCGCGACACAAGCAGUGGUUAUACGCGACAUACUCGCGUGA